GGAAGAAAAAGUAACACAGUAUCCUCGCGCUAAACCAAGAGACCGAACAAUGGCUUCUUCCUCUCCUUCCUCAAAGAAAUACGAUGUUUUCGUCAGCUUCAGAGGCGAAGACACGCGCGACAAUUUCACCAGCCAUCUUCAUGCCGCUCUUUGCGGAAGCAAAAUCGACACCUACGUCGAUUACAGACUUGAGAAAGGAAGUGAGGUUUGGCCAUCGCUUGUCCAAGCCAUUGACGAUUCGAUCCUAUUUCUGGUCAUUUUUUCUGAGAACUAUGCUUCUUCCACAUGGUGCCUGAAUGAGAUCGCCAAAAUUAUUCUCGAUUACUCUAAGGAUCAGGAGCAUCGUGUGCUUCCAGUCUUCUAUAGGGUGAACCCUUCCCAUGUACGGAAACAAACAGGGAGUUAUGGAGAAGCAUUUAUAAAACACGAGCAAGGCAAUCACAGUCAGCAAGUGCAAAAAUGGAGGAGCGCUCUUACUCAAGCUGCUAAUUUAUCUGGUUGGGACUUUAGCACCUAUAGGAAUGAAGCUGAGCUGAUUGUAGAUAUUGUCAUAUGUGUUUUAAAGAAGUUGGAGCGUAUUCACCAAAUUGACGCUUUUGUUGGUCUUGUUGGAAUUCAUGAACGAAUUGUACCUGUAGAAUUAUUACUGAGUAAGGAGUCACAAGAUGUUCGAUUUAUUGGAAUUUGGGGCAUGGCUGGAAUUGGCAAGACAACUAUUGCAGAUGCUGUAUUUAAGAAACAUUGCUGUGAUUAUGAAGGGUUUUGCUUCUUGGCUAAUGUAAGAGAAGAGUCAAAGAAGUGGGGAAUUGCUUAUUUGAAGAGUAAACUUCUUUUCAAGUUAUUAGAGGAUCAAGAACCUUACAUUGGUAUGCCUGAUAGAGGAACUCCUUUGGAUAUGAAGAGGCUUAAAAGAAAAAAGGUUUUCGUUGUUCUUGAUGAUGUUAGUGACUCAGAUCAACUAGAAAUUUUAGCUGGAGCACGUGAUUGGUUUGGACCAGGCAGUAGAAUCAUUAUAACAUCCAGAGAUAAAAACGUGCUUGGUAAAGAGGUCCGUCAUGUGCAUGUGGUCAAGGCUUUGAACUUUGGUGAAGCUCUUCAACUUUUCAAUUUGAAUGCCUUUAAAAACAAUGUCAUUGACAAAGAGUUCGCCUUAUUAUCAAGGAAGGUGGUUCUUUAUGCAAAAGGGCUCCCCUUAGCUCUGAAAAUUUUGGGUUCAUUUCUUUAUGGAAAAAGCAAAAGUGAGUGGGAAAGUCAACUAGAAAAACUCAAAAGACUGCCUGACAUGAAAAUUCAAAAUGUAUUGAAAUUAAGUUAUGAUGGAUUAGAUUUCCAAGAGAGAAACAUUUUUUUAGAUAUUGCAUGCUUUUUCAAGGGCAGAAAGGUAGAGGACAUUAAAAAUUUGUUAGAUGCAUGUGAUUAUGCAACAACUAUCGGAUUGAGAACUCUUGAGGACAAAGCUCUUCUAACUAUUCUUGAUGAGAAGGUAUCCAUGCAUGAUCUAAUACAAGAAAUGGCUUGGGAGAUAGUUCGAGAAGAAUCAAUGGAAGAACCUGGAAAACGCAGUCGAUUAUGGGAUUUUAAUGAUGUCUAUGAAGUAUUGAAAUAUAAUGUGGGAACUGAGUCCAUCAAAGGCAUUGCUUUGGAUUUGUCAAAAAUUGACGACCUGCCCUUAAGUCCUGAAGUCUUCUCCAAAAUGCGCAAGCUUAAAUUUCUUAUAUUUUAUAAUUUUGGUUCCGAAGAGUUCAGAAUGUAUCUACCUCAAGACCUUAGAUGUUUACCAAAUGAACUCAGACUUCUUCACUGGGAUAACUUUCCUUUGAAGUCCUUACCGCCUACAUUCUCCGCUGAGAAACUUGUGUCGUUUGAAAUGCGAAAUAGCCAAGUCAGGAUACUUUGGCAUGGAAAGCAAAAUCUUGUGAACUUGAGGAAAAUAGACCUCACCGAUUGCUAUAAUCUAAUUGAGCUCCCAGAUUUUUCAAAGGCCUCGAAUCUUAAGCAAGUAUAUCUUAGCAAAUGCACAAGCUUGCGUGACCUUCAUCCAUCUAUUUUAUCGCUGCAUAAACUUGAGAUUCUGGCAUUGGAUUGGUGUGAGGCCCUUACUAGCCUUAGAUCUGAUACGCCUUUAAGAUCCCUUCGUGAUCUUUCCCUCUAUGACUGCUCAAGAUUGAAGGUAUUUUCAGUCACCUCACAUAAUAUGAGGCAUUUGAAUCUAGCGGGGACUGCAGUGAGUGAAUUGCCAUCAUCUAUUACAAGUCAAGGAAGACUUGAAACGUUCUCUCUUAUUGAUGGUAGAAGCCUUGAUACUCCAAGCAAGUCAGGUGAUCUGAUAUCUCUUGGCGAGUUACAUACCGGAGAUAAUUACAUGCACCUUGAUGCAUCAAAUCUGCGUUUCUUGUACGAUGGUUUAAGAUCUUUGGAAGCCUUGCCACGUGAGACUAGCAUGUUUUCUUCAUUAGAAGUCUUGUUAAUUGUUGGAACUGAACUUAGAAACUUGCCUGCAAGCAUCAAGCACCUUUUGAGGCUUAGAUACAUUCGCUUUGAUUCAUGCAAAAGACUUCAGUCUCUGCCGGAUCUCCCUUCAUCAUUAGAACAAUUAAUAGCCAUAGACUGCCCAUCACUUGAGACUCUUAACUUCUCUUCGACAACUAGUCAACUAUUGAAGGCAAACAAGAUAAGCUUUGACUUCCAAAACUGUGCGAAGUUAGAUGAACAUUCAUUCAAACUAUUUGGAUCGAAUGUCAUGGCUGAGAUAAUCAAAUCUGUUCCAGCCAUAGAGAAAUGCAGUUUCUCGAACGGUAAGGUUGAGGUUAUAUACCCCGGAAGCAGAGUUCCAGAGUGGUUCCUGCAUAAGACGACACAAGCUUCCGUUACUAUUGAUCUCUCUUCUGCUCUGGAUUGUUCUGAGAAUUGGGGUUUCAUCUUCUGCAUCAUUGUUCCUGAGGCUCCGUCAAUUGAAUGGAUUCGAAUUGAAUGUGGAGCCUGUUUGGAAAUUAGUCGUGGAGAAUGGGAAGAGACACACGAGUUCUAUUCACUCUCUGCAAAGCAUGUCAACUUCUCAUCGGAUCAUGUUUUUCUUUACUAUGAUGAGAACUUCUGUUCUGAAAUACAUGAAACACUCAAAGAAAGUGUAGGAGAUGUUCAGAACAACGUUCGUAAACCAAAGGUUUCGUUUAAUUUCUGGGUUCAUUUUGGUGGUGGGGACAUUCAUGAGAAGCAAGAGGGAUGCUUGGAUAUAAUAGGGUGUGGGGUGUGCUCAACAUAUGCAUCAGAAUAUCGUGAUUUCAUUGAAAAAAUGAACUUGCAAUUACAGUCAAAAACUGAUGCAAUUGAAAUGGGACAUGGAAGCUCUCAUGAGAACGAACAGAAACAGAAAUCUGAGGAGGGAGUUGUCUUUCCAUAUCUUGCACGUGGAACCUGGAAGCAUGGAACGAAGGGGUUGAAAGACUUCUUCGCAUGAUGUUUGAUAGAUCAGUCCAAGUCCUUUGCCUUUGCUAUCUUUGUAACUGAUUCUUCAUUCUAGUUAGUCAGAAAACAUGGUGUGUGUGAAGUGUGAUGUGCGCACGAGACAUUGUCAAAAUUAUCAGCUCUGUAUAUUAGCAGAGGACUUGUUCAAUAAUUUCAAAGCCUAUAAGAGACGAUCAUAAUUAGUGAAGUUGUGAUGAUUA